GGAAUACUUUUAAAAGGGUGCCGCGGCUACGGAGGGAAACAGUUGCUAACUAAACCAGAUACGGACUCCUUGAUUCAGCUUCUGUGAAUGCUGCAUUAUAAUUUCAGCUUUCUAUCAGUCUGACAAAACAAGGGACCAUGUCUACUUUUGGCUACAGGCGGGAGCUUAGUAAAUAUGAAGACCUAGAUGAAGAUGAACUCCUUGCUUCUCUGACUGAUGAGGAAUUGAAGGAGCUGGAGAGAGAGUUCGAGGACAUUGAGCCUGACCGGGAUCUUCCAGUGGGGCAAAGGCAAAAAAGUCUCACAGAGAAAACUCCAACAGGAACAUUCAGCCGGGAGGCACUGAUGGCCUACUGGGAAAGGGAGACCAGAAAACUUCUAGAAAAAGAAAGAAUGGGGGCAUGUGAGAAGGAUUCAAAACAAGAAGAUGAUGACACAUCAGAAGAAAUUAAUGAAGAAGAUUUCACUGGAAGUAACAGUGAAGUUUCUGAAGAGGUAUACACUGAAGAAGAGGAGGAAGAGGAGGACAAGGAGGAGGAGGAGGAGGAGGAGGAAGAGGAAGAAGAUGAAAAAGAAAGUGGUGCAGAUGAAGAUGAAGAAAAAGAAGCAAUUGAAAUGUAUAAGAAAAUGACAAACUCUGAAAGCAGCAGUUCAGGCAAUAUUAAACAAGGAAAAUGUAACAAGAAUGAAAGUGAAACCGUUACCAAUGGCCACAGUGAAAAGGAUGCAGAAGACUUAAGCUGCAGAAUGGGCGCAAUGCACCCAUGUGGAAAUCCAACUGUGAUUGAAGAUGCUUUGGAAAAAGUGAACAACAAUGAUCCUGAUACCACUGAAAUCAACUUAAACAACAUUGAAAAUAUCACACCACAAAUGCUUACACAUUUUGCGCAGGCCCUCAGGAACAACACUGUAGUCAAAACCUUUAGCUUGACCAACACUCAUGCUGAUGACAAUGUUGCAAUGGCUAUUGCUGGUAUGUUAAAAGUGAAUAAGCACAUAUCAAGUCUGAAUCUUGACUCCAAUUUUAUCACAGGCAAAGGAAUAUUAGCUAUCAUGAGGGCUUUGCAGCAUAACAAGGUUUUAACAGAAUUACGGUUCCACAACCAAAGACAUAUAAUGGGUAGUCAGGCUGAAAUGGAUAUUGCUAAACUUCUGAAGGACAACACUACUAUUGUGAAGCUAGGCUAUCACUUUGAACUAGCUGGACCAAGAGUGAGUAUGACAAGCAUCCUGACAAGAAACAUGGACAAACAAAGGCAGAAACGGAUUCAGGAACAAAGGCAGCAGGAAUCCAGUGGGGAUGGAGCAAUCAAUCCAAAGACCAAAGCUUUACAAAAAGGAACUCCUGGUUCUUCACCUUAUUCAUCUCCCCGAAGUUCACCUUGGUCCUCUCCAAAGCUUCCUAAAAAAGUCUUACCUGUUCAAAACCAAUCUUCUUCUCCCCAAAGUUCACCCCGGUCUUCUCCAAAACUUCCUAAAAAGGUUCCACCUGUCAAAAUCCAACCUCCAUCUCCACCACCACCACCAUCUCCCCCACCUCCUCCUCCACCACCUCCUCCUCCAAUUGUUCCAGAGAAAAAAGCACCAAGCAGGAAUAUUGCUGAGGUCAUCAAACAGCAGGAAAGUGCCAAAAAAGCUUUACAAAAUAAACAGAAAAAGAAAAAAGGAAAGAAAAGCAAAAAAUAUGAGAAUGAGAUCUUGAAAGAAAUUAAAAAUUCCUUAAAAGUAGUCCCUGACAAGAAGUCAGAAGAAGGUUCCCGUCCCUCUAGCCGACCUUCAACGCCACAGAGAUCUCUCCAUGGUGACCUCAUGGACGCAAUUAGGGGAAGUAGCAUAAAACAGUUAAGGCGGGUGGAAAUCCCAGAAGCUCUGCGGUAAAGCCAUGACAUGGAGAACAGGAAUAUACGAUGUUAAGAUAAAGGUACUGAAUUGUUUCCACAGUGAUAAAUAGACUAAUGUAAAUGGCUUCAAAAGUGCACUCUUUCAGUUUCUACAAAUAUAUUUCAAAUCUGUUAAACAUCAAGCAACACAGAAUUCAUCCGCAUCUUCAUUUGUAAAUAUGGAAACUUUCUUUUUUAUGUAAUGAGAUUUCUAAGAAGAAAUAGUCUAUUUAGAUAUUCUUGUUGAUACAAAAUAGCACUUCACAAAACCUGUCCUUUAUACAGAGAAGUAAUUGUUUAUUAACUUGUGGUUUUGCCUCAUGAAUUUACAAUAAAGGUGAUUUGAGUUUUUAAGUGACAAAACAA